UCAGCACUCUUUGGCUGUACUUUGGCUGCUUUGGCUUAACUUGAGCCAAGUCAGGCGAGCGGCCUAGCUUAGCUUCCGAAGUUCGCGUGGCUUGUGUGUCCCUGGAACCCAAUGUAAACAUCGGACUCGUGCUUCACCGCACUCUCGAGAUCCGUUAUGACUUCCCUCUGUGGAUAGCGUAUGUUACAAGGUGGAGUGCUGCACUCCUCCAUGCUAAACGGCUGUAAAUAUACACUAGCCCUUCCUAUGUUUCGACAGCACUUACGUAAAACUUGUGGGCCACGCUGAGGAAACCGGACACCGCAGGCGAUGUCCACCGCGGCUGCAGCUGGCGCGGCCGCGGCGCCGGGCCAGAAUAACCAGCAAGGAUCGUCGGGUGGCGAACCGAACCGCCAAAACAACCUGCAACGGAUUGCGCAGAAAAAGGCCCAAGUCAAGAGCUGGCCGCUUAACAAAAAACUUGAGAAGCUUGCCAUCUAUUCCUCGUGCAAGGCUGAUGAUUGCAAGUGCAAUGGUUGGAAGAAUCCCAACCCUCCACAGACACCACAGCGCCCUGAAGGACCACAGCCCUUGGCAAAUCUAAAUGACCCAUGUCGUAGCUGCAGUCACAUAUUAGGAGCACAUGUGUCCCACCUUGAAAAUGCUCCCGAUGAAGAGCUCAACAGGCUUCUUGGGAUAGUUGUUGAUGUUGAAAACAUGUUCAUGUGUGUUCAUAGGGAAGAGGAUGCAGACACGAAACAAGUAUACUACUAUUUAUUCAAGCUUCUGCGAAAAAGCAUCCUUCUGAUGACGCGCCCAACUGUAGAAGGCCCCUUGGGAAACCCGCCUUUUGAGAAACCGAGCAUUGCUAAGGCGGUGAUAAACUUUGUGAUGUACAAGUUUGGCCACCUGUCCCAGAAGGAGUGGCAAACGAUGUACGACCUUGCCAAGAUGUUUCUGCAUUGCCUCAACCACUGGAAGCUGGAGACGCCGUCAGCUAGAAAACAGCAGCGGCAGCACUCAUCAAAUGAAGAUGCAGCUGCGUACAAGAUAAAUUAUACUAGGUGGUUAUGCUUCUGCCACGUGCCGGCAUUCUGUGACAGCUUGCCCCAUUCAGAGACAACCAUCAUCUUCGGUCGUACGCUGCUGCGCUCAGUGUUCCAGACAAUGCGGCGCCAGCUGCUGGACAAGUUUCGAGCCGAGAAGGACAAGAUGCCACCGGAGAAGAGGACACUUGUGCUCACUCAUUUCCCACGGUUUCUAUCGGUGCUUGAGGAAGAAGUUUAUGGAAACAAUUCCCCCAUAUGGGACCCAGACUUCAAGCAAACCCCUCUGAACUCUUCCACUAAUACAUCUGUUGACAGAGCUAUAACAAGCAAUGGAACCACCCUUGCCAGAGCUGUUGAGAAGUUGUCAGUUGCAAGUUCGCCCAGCUCUGCUAAUGAAAAUGGUACCGCCGCCAACAUGAGUCCCGGUGCGCAUGCGGCCAGUCGCUCGUCAAAGUCCAUCAGCACUGCUGAGGCUCAGGGUGAAAAACGACUGAGUGAAGACAACCGCGUGCCAGAGCCUAAGCGACGCAAGAUUGAAGGUGACAUUCCAGAGGAGGUGCUCACCCAGUUGAUUGCCACUAUCACUGAUCCAAAAGAAAUGGUCGGCCCGGAGAACAAUGCAUUCUCGGAGCUGGCGGCGCGGGACGAAGCGGCGCGAGCUGAAGAGCGGCGCGGGGUAAUUGAGUUCCACUUGGUGGCCAACUCUCUGAGCCGGCGGGUGGAUCAGCAGUCCCUGGUAUGGCUGGUGGGGUUGCAGAAUGUCUUCUCCCACCAGCUGCCAAGGAUGCCCAAGGAGUACAUCACCAGGCUCGUCUUUGACCCGAAGCAUCGCACGCUUGCCUUGGUGAAGGAAGGCCGAGUCAUUGGAGGUAUUUGUUUUCGGAUGUUUCCGGGGCAAGGCUUCACGGAAAUCGUCUUCUGUGCUGUCACUUCCAACGAGCAAGUCAAGGGUUAUGGAACACACCUGAUGAACCACCUCAAGGAUUACCACGUCAAGCAGAACAUCCUCCACUUCUUGACGUUUGCAGAUGAGUUUGCCAUCGGCUAUUUCAAGAAGCAGGGUUUCUCCAAGGACAUCAAGCUGCCCAAAUCUGUGUACACGGGGUACAUCAAGGACUAUGAGGGGGCCACUCUUAUGGGUUGCGAGCUGGAUGAGCGCAUAUCCUACACAGCCUUCAGCCACGUUAUCCGCAAGCAGAAGGAGAUAGUGAAGAAGUUCAUCGAGAAACAGCAGGAACACAUGCAGAAAGUGUACCCUGGUGUGCCCUGCUUCAAGGAGGGCGUGAGAGAGAUCCCUCUCGAGAGCAUUCCAGGCCUCCGAGAAGCAGGCUGGAAACCGGACAAGAAAUAUGUCAAGCAAGAGCAGAUGGAUCCCGAUCAGGCAUAUCAAGCCAUGAAGUCUGUGUUGAUACAAGUUAAGAAUCACAGUAGUGCAUGGCCCUUUACAAAGCCAGUGGAAAAAUCCGAGGCACCUGACUACUAUGAUCACAUCAAGUAUCCAAUGGACUUAAAGACUAUGGCAGAAAGACUGAAAAACCACUACUACGUGCACAAGCGGCUGUUUAUCGCGGACAUGCAGCGGAUCUUCAGCAACUGUCGUGCCUACAAUAGCCCCGACACAGAGUACUACAAGUGUGCCAACACUUUGGACCGCUUCUUCCAGAACAAGAUGAAGGAGGCAGGUCUCUGGGACAAGUGACAGCACGGCAUUCUGCUUGACACAAUGAGCUUUAGUUGCGUGCAGUGUCCGAAGCAGGGCUAUACGCGCACUCUUUAGUAACUGACAGGGUACGGUAGCAUAGCCUUGUGCAAACUACGUAUAGUUUCACAAUGUUGUAUAUUGCUUUCUUCAUGUCCAUUUUAAUCUAUUCGUGAAGCUUUGUAGCCUCAUGUAGCAGCGGUUGGGGUGCAACAGUUCACGAAGCUCUCUUAGGCAGCAGAUUCGUUGCAAAUUUCUUGGUCUGUGCUGCUUGACUUUUUGUUUGUUUAACUUUGACUACAACUACCAAGUCAUAUCCACUAUGCAGUAGUCGGUGGCAUUUAUUGGUGCUUAUGAGGAGAGGAGGCUGCUUGUUUAGAGUGCACCCAUGGGCUUUUAGAACAGUGCCGUGCUUUGCUUAUAGCUUUGCAUGACGAUGUGUAUCACCGGUGUUAUUUUCCAUUAGAUAUUAUGAUAGAUGCACCGAUGCAUAGUGUCGACAGCUUAUGUUUGCAGGCUGGAAAUUGGUUAGCAGGAACUGUAGUAUCCAGUGCAGAGUUUUGUUUCAUACUGAGGGGAUUCACAUUGUAAUAAUUAUUGAUUGCAAGAUUUCUGUUUCGAAUGUUGCUUGUAUUAUAUAGCAAAUGCUUUUUUUUUGUAUAUUGGCUAUUCACCAUCCCAUUUCAUUUGUACCUUUCUGUCAGUGUAUAAAAACAUUUUUCAGUGUACUUUCUUAUGUCCUCAUGAAUAUAGCUAUUCUUGUAUGUUGUUACAUUAGUUAGUCCAUGUAUUCAGUUUUUUAAAUACUGUCUUUAUUCCUGGUAUUAUUACUGGGUGAAAAAAUGUAUUUGCUUGAUCUCUCCCGAUUUUGUGAAGUGCCCUGAGCUCAGCAUGGCAUUUUAUAAAUGGCAGUAUCUUCACUUUCAAGAUUUAAUUUGCUCUCUUGUGAAGUUACAGCAAAUGGAAGUGUGUCAACUUUUUUUUUUUUUGCGAAUAAAUGUUUACUAUGUUGAAUAA